GUACUAUGUGGCUGGUCAAAGAGAGGUAACUAUUACAAAAAUAACUGUUUCUUUAUUUUUAAAAUACACGUUCUAACCUUGUCAUAUUGUUACGACUACCGGAGAAUUACAUGUUGCCGCAGGUGGAUAGAACAAUUUUAACUGACAGUUGUCAAUGUGGAGUUUGCGAGGAAUCCGUGUAGUGCAGGUAUCGAACAGUCAGGGAGGGGAUAGCAUUGUAGGAACAAUAACUGAGGUGAAUUAUAAUGAGGAGACAAUAACAGUAUUUUGGGAUGAUGGUGGAGAAGCCGUCUACCCAUGUACAGAGGGCAACCAUUGUCUAAAGAUAUUAGAUAAUGCACCCACAGGUGUGAGUCACAGAGGCAUAAGCUGCACAGGAUGCAAAGAAUCAGAGAUUGCGGGGAUGAGGUGGGUGUGUUUGCAAUGCCAGGAAGUAAACAUGUGUUCCAUCUGCUACAUGUCCAGGAAACACAACACAGAACAUGAGUUUGGAAGGGUCACUCACCCUGAUUCUUCAGUAAUUAAAGUCGGAAAAAGGAAAACUAGCAGCUGCGUAAAAUGUAGAGGAUUUUUUCCUGGAGCUAAAGUGAAAAGAGGUCCACACUGGACGUGGGGAAACUCUAAUGGAGGGGAGGAGGUUCAUGGGGUGGUACGGGACAUCUGUGACUGGGGACCUAGAGGAUACCGUGGGGCGGUCAGGGUGUGCUGGGAGAACAAGAAGCGCACCGUGGAACAGUACCGAGUAGGGGGCGAUGGAGAGGUGGAUCUAACAGCAGUUAAGCCUGCAGACGGGCCCACUUACUACCCUGACCAUUUACCCUAUGUUGAUCUUGAGCACGUGGCUCCAUGUGAGUACAGGAUUGGUGACAAAGUCCAGAUAAAUCUCAGCACGUCGGAACUGAGAGUCUUACAAUUGUCCAGCAGUUGUGGUUGGCAAGAUCAGAUGGCUUCUUGUAUAGACAAUAUUGGGACCAUUACCCACAUUUCCUCAGCAAGUCAAAGCAGGGUCCACUACCAGAACGGACAAGUGUUUCACUUUGAGAAAAUUGUGCUUACAAAAGUACAUCGAUUGGAGGGAGGGGACCUGGUUCGAGUGAUGAGGGACAGGUCGAUAGCCCUACAGCUUCAACAGGGGCACGGGGGCUGGUUACAGAACCAGGAUACAACAUUGGGUCAGCUGGGUAGGGUUGUACACAUUGAUGACGAUGGAGACGUUUCCGUUAAGUUUGGAGACAGUCAGUAUCUGUUCAGUCCUGUCUGCCUUGAUGUGGUGGAUCCCAAUUCUCUCUCAGCCAUGGCAAGAGUACCAUCCAUCCCAAACAACCUACACUCCCUCAGACUAUUUGAUCUAACACAACCCAAACAAGCAGAGUUUCUUCCUCCGAUAACCUCUAUUGUGAAGGCAGCCUCCAAAGGAAACCUAGAGAUAGUCAAAGAAAUACUGAGCAACAACAAAGAUAAGGUUGACGAGGUAGAGAACGAGGUCUCCUGUUUACAAGUGGCCAGUCACAGAGGUCAUGAGAAGAUGGUCAAACUGCUCUUGGAGAGAGGGGGUAAUAUAAACAUAGCAGACAAGGAUGGCAACACACCCCUUCAUUUUGCGGUGCAAGGAAAGAAGACUGCCGUAAUCAAACUUCUACUGGAACAUAAUGCAAACGUCUCGUUACUAAAUAGCUCUGGUCAGACAGCAAUACAUCUGGCUAUAGCAAAGGAACAAAAAGAAAGUAUAAAGGCACUUGUCCUAGCCUCAUGUGAUGUGCAUGUAAAGGACGGCAAUGGAGAUACUGCAGUUCAUGCUGCAAUAAGCACACGACAGGAGGCUCUCCUCCAUGCAGUACUCAGAACUCACAGAGUUAAUUUCCAGACGGAGAAUACAGCAGGAUAUGACAUGCUGCAGUGGGCAGUCUAUAAAAACUUAAAGAGUGCUGUUGAAGUUAUUUUGACGAGAUGUAGCCACUGCUUACCGGAGCUGGUCAGUCGGCAAAUCGCCAUCAAUGGAUACUCCGCCCUCCACCUCGCAGCUUACAAUAACUACAGGGAAUGUGCCCACCUUCUCAUUACAAAGGGGGAAAUGAAAUUGGAUUUAGUUGAUGAUCAGUUACAAACACCUCUUCAUAUUUCUGCAAAAGAAGGGCACCUGCCGAUGGUAGAGCUUCUGUUAGAAUUUGACCUGACAGUCAAUGCGCAAGACAAAGAUGGGAAUAGUCCUCUACACCUUGUGCAGAUGAAGCACUCUCAAUUGCAGAAAAGGAAACCUAAUUCUGAGAAAACACACUGCUAUGUGCAAAUAGCCUGCUUAUUGGUGGAAAACGGUGCUGAACUUAACCUAGAAAACCAGCAAGGAAAGACUCCCUUUGAUUUCACCUGCCAACAGUCGCGCUUGUAUUUGGAAAGAAUUUCAAAGGCGGCGAAAGAAAAACGGGCGGCUAACUCUGGAGGAGGCUUGUUUCUUCCUUUGCACUGGUCUGAAAUGGGAAGCAAGGGCUACGAACUUGUCUGCUUGAACCGCGACAGCUUGGAGGAGAAGGCAGAGUUUACCAGUGUAUCCGCUAUGAUAGUUAAUGGACUCCCUAAUGCAGAAGUGACGGAGAUCAUCCGAGUUCAGAAUGAGUAUCUAUGGCAGCUGUAUUCCGUGACAAAGGCAAAGUUUACAAAGAAGUACGGAAGAGGAAAUGAAAACGAGGUCAAGCUUCUCCAUGGAACCAAAUCAGACAAUAUAUUCAAAAUAUGUCAAGAAAAUUUCGAUUUUAAAGUUGCGGGUGAAAAUCUCAGUCCAAUGUAUGGCAAAGGAGUAUACUUUGCUGCCGAAUCCUCUCUCUCCGAUCACUACUGCUCAGAAAAAGAAAGGGAUGGACUAAAAUACAUGUUAAUGGCUCGUGUUCUGGCGGGUAAAAUGGGCUGUGGAUCUCCAGAGCUACGGAGACCUCCGGAUGACUGCGACUGCGCAGUGGAUUCUCCGUCUAAGCCUCGGAUUUUCUGUGUUUUUGACUAUAAUCAACUUUAUCCAGAGUAUGUUAUAAAAUAUAAAAUUAAACAACCUAAAUGAAAUUUAUAUGGAAGUAAAAACCAGCAAAACUCAGCCACAUUCCCUUUAAAACUUGUUUUCUGGCAAACUACUUCCAUAUUGCAAAUAUCUUGAGAAUGAAGCAUCAGGAUUUUUAAUAGGAGACAAGAAACAGAAUUAGAGGUGUUCCUGGAUUCUCAACAAAAUGGGCGCGCGGACCAUGGCUACGCUGAGGCAUCAAUACUAGUCACACACGGAAUUAAAACAUGACAAGAAGUUAUGACUCAGCUAUAGCUUAAUUCAUUUUAUAUCUCAAUUAAAGUUCACAAUGAUC